AUGCCAUCGAACACUCGUUGGACACUUAAUCCACGAAAAUGGUUUGGUACCAUCUCAUAUACUGGUCAAAAACAUGAAAAAAAUAAUAAUUCAUUACCAGCAGUACCGACAACAGCAACAACAACAACACGAACAAUAACAUUAACAAAUCCACGUCUUUCAACAGGAAAAAGUAAAACAAAAGUCAUACCAAUUUCAAUUUCAAAUGAUGUAAAUAAAACUACCACAACAAUGGUAGCAUCAAUUACACAACUUCAAUUACCAGCAUUUAGUAUACGACGUGAAAGAAUAUCAUCAUUACUACCAUCACAAGCAACAUUUACUCGUCAAAAUACAUUUGUUCAAAGUCAUACAGAACCAUCAAUACGUAAAAAUGGUCGUUUUGAACAACAACUAUCUAUUGAUACAACAAGAUAUAACACUCAACCAACAUCAACAACAAAUGAUGAAACAUUAAAACAUGGAAAUAUUCAACAAAAUUUUCCAACAUUUCAAGCUGAAAUGAGUUUAUCAAAUAUGUCACGUCAAUGUUUAGUUGAUUAUCCAAGAUAUUCAGCAAAUGUGAUGAAAGAAUUUUCAACACCAACACGUUCAUCAUCAUCAUCAUCAUUAUAUGAUGGUAAUGAUAAUUCAUCAUCAAGUGGAAUAUAUACUGAUGAACGUCAACGUACUGAAUCAAAAGAUACAUUAUCAAUAUUAGAAGCUCUUUCAGCUGAAUCAAUAGCUGAUUCACAAACAUCAUUAAAUCAUUGUCCUACUCGUCCAAUGAUACAUCAUUAUCGAAGACCAAUGUCGGAUUUAGAAAAAAUAGAUGAUAAACUUCAACAACGACAAAAUUCUUUAAUACGAUCACAUCGUUCACAUAGUGCUGAAGGAAUUCUUAAAGAUAAUCAAAUAAUGUCACCAACAAAAAGUCGACAAUCAUCCGCAGCUAUUAUUAAAAAAAUUGAAAAACGUCUUCCAACAAAUCGAUCACCAACAACUAAAUUAGAAAAAGCUGGAUUUAUUCGUAUUGGUAAUGAUACAUAUCGUUUAAAUACGAAUAAAGUUAAUUAUUUAUCUCAUUCUCGUAAAAAUUCUAUUGAUUCAUUUGUACCAUAUUCAAAUUAUGAUGAUCCACUUCGUUCAGCUAAUAAUGAAGAAUGUUAUGCAGCAUUACCACGUACAAGUUCAACUGAACAAUUAAACAAUAAUAUACACAAUGAUCUUCGAAUUAUUGUUGAUGGAUGUAUUCGCCCAAUGGUCACUUCAAUUAGUAGAAAUCGUUUCACAAAAAAUCAACAACAACGUUACAGACGUCCUCAUGUUCAUAACGAUCAUACACAAUUAAAUAUUGAACAUAUAACUGAUAAAUUAUUAUCUAGUGUUGACUGUUCGACGUAUGCUCGGUAUCAAAGAUGUUAUUAA